GGAGCCGCGAAAAGCAGCUGUAGCGGAAUGGAGGCUGCUGCUGAGCCCGGAAACCUGGCCGGUGUGCGACAUAUCAUCCUUGUUCUUUCUGGAAAGGGAGGCGUUGGGAAAAGCACCAUCUCCACGGAGUUGGCCCUGGCGCUGCGCCACCAGGGCAAGAAGGUGGGGAUCCUAGAUGUGGACCUGUGUGGCCCCAGCAUACCACACAUGCUCCAUGCACAAGGCAAAGCAGUGCACCAGUGUGACAGUGGCUGGGUGCCUGUCUUUGUGGAUCAGGAGCAGAGCAUCUCCCUUAUGUCUGUGGGCUUCCUGCUGGAAAACCCUGAUGAGGCCGUGGUGUGGAGAGGUCCCAAGAAACAUGCACUGAUAAAGCAGUUUGUGUCUGACGUGGCCUGGGGGGAGCUGGACUAUCUGGUUGUGGACACCCCUCCAGGGACUUCUGAUGAGCACAUGGCCACGGUGGAAGCACUGCGGCCCUAUAAGCCCCUUGGGGCUCUUGUGGUCACCACACCACAGGCCGUGUCUAUUGGGGACGUGAGGCGGGAGCUGACCUUCUGUAAGAAGACUGGGCUGCAGGUGAUAGGGGUCAUAGAGAACAUGAGCGGCUUCGCCUGCCCGCACUGCGCUGAGUGCACCAAUGUCUUCUCCAGCGGCGGUGGGGAGGAGCUGGCCCGGCUGGCUGGCGUUCCCUUUUUAGGUUCUGUUCCCCUGGAUCCCCAGCUUACCAGGAGCUUGGAGGAGGGGCGUGACUUCAUCCAGGAAUUUCCCAAAAGCACCGCAUAUUCCGCACUCACAUCCAUAGCUCAUAAAGUUCUGCACCAGAUGCCUGCUCUGUGCUCCUGACAGCCUCGCAGCCUUGUGGGGCUGUGUGCUCUCUUCUCGGCUGCAGGAGCAUCGGGAGCUGAGGUCCUCAGGACUGUCUUGGGACCUGUAGUUGCUGGCCCAGGCAGUGGCUGGUCUAUGCGAUUACAUCCAUGUCAUUCGCUGACACCAGCUUCACCAAACUAGUCUACAGCUGAGGGAGAGCUUGGGUCCUGGUCCCUCAAGACAGCACUAGCCUUAUCCUCCAGUCUGUACGCUUUCAUUCUGCCCUGGUCACUUCUGCCCCCAGGUCAACAGGUUGCUCUAACAGCCACACCACACAGGAGCUGGCCCUUUCUCACCCCGACUGACCCUGAGUGCCCACACAUGCUGUGCUGUGAGCCUUUUGUGACACAGUGUGGUUUACAGUUACAUCUGGUGACUUUACAGAACUCCACUGUUAAACAUAUCACCCAUCUUGUGAGGAACCCAGCAUCCAAACAAACCCUGUCCUCAGUGAGAUAGCUCUUGACUCCCUACAUUUCAUGGUUGGAACGCACAGUCUUAGUAAAAAUCUGAAGGGCCUGGUAA